GGUACCAGCGGCCCGACGGGUUUCCGCCGCCCCGUCAGGAGUGCCUUUUGUCCCGCCCGACCUUUGGACGAUCCGCGCCGUGAUCCCGACGCGUUACUUCCGGUCGAGGCAUUCUGAGAAGGCCGUCAGCAUGUUCUAAUGCAAAUGUAGCCGCUCCGACUCUUUCUCUGGCAUCGCAGGAAGUUUCAAGAAGACCGGGAACCGAGCCAAAGGAAAGUUCAAGACCCGGAAAGUUUGGAGGUGGAGUGGGAAGUCGGGAGGCAUGUUCAGCCGGGGCGUUGUUGUCUGAAGAUCGCGAGAACAGAAACCUUUUCCAGAAAUGGACAAACUGCAAGCCUUGGAGGAGCUUCUGCCAGGGAUCCAGGAGUAUCUUUGUCAUCAGCUGUCAGGGGAGAAGUUGUCCAGACCGGCGGCCAAUCAGAGACUGGAGUUCAUCAAGUUACUGGACAAGUACAAAGCAGAUAUCAAAAGGGUCCCGUCAAUAGAAGCAGAUGAAGAUGAAAUGUAUGAAGACACUCUUGUUCCAGAGAAACCCCAAAGUAGUUUCCUACACAAUGGAAAUGGAUCGUCCUUAGUGGAGGAUGUAAAUGGGGAUGAAUAUUAUGAAGACACCCUCCCAUCAUCUUCCAAUGGUUCAGCCCGACCAGACAGUUUUAUUGAGAGGCAGAAGAUUCCACUUCCUCCCAUUCCCGGACAGGGGGGUGAGCAGGAUGAGGAGGAGUAUGAGUGCCCGGUGUCCCCGGACGGUCCCCCCCUCCCCCCACGGUUCCCCCCCCCUGCUCCCACCGUGGCCCUCCCCCCGCGGCCACUCCGCCCCCCUCCCCACCCCUCAACAGAACAGGCGCCUGAAGAAAUAAGUGAGGACACCUAUGACGUCCCUGACGUUGCCCCUCCUGCAUUGGGGAGAAUGUCUGUUAUGUCAACUCCAGGUGGAGACUCUGGUGAUGAAAGUGGGUCAUAUGAAGAUUAUGAUGAUGAUGAAGAAGAAGAUGCUAAGAAGACUAAAAAGGUGAAGAAGAAGGUGAAAGAACCUGAAGUGUUUGAGUUACCGGACGCUCAGAUCAGCGGAGUUCUGCAGAACAAGAGGCUGAUCGGGGGAUGGGUGAAAAGGUUCUGUGCCGUGAAGGACUCCAGGUUCCUGGCAUACAAACGUGCGACCGACGAGAAGCCAUAUGUAGACAUGUACCUGCCUGGCAGUUCUGUGGUGUACUCAGAGAAGGACGGGAAGAAACAGCACGUGGUGAAGCUGGUGGGAGGGGGGGACACUCAUGUCCUGUCUGUAGGGAACAGAGAAGAGGCUGACAAGUGGAUGAAGCUGCUGGAAGAAGAGACCCAGUCAGGUUCAGGAGGCAUGCUGGCCCCGGGGCGUGCCAAGGUCGGCAGGACCCCCAGCAAUGUCAGCGACCUCAGCAGGGGGUCAAACUCCAGCAGGGAUGAGGAUGUGCAAGAUGGCAAUGAUUCAGGGAAGAGCGGCACUUUGGAGAGGCAAGAGGAUAAAAGGAAGAGUUUCGGGAAAGACAAGAAGAAGAAGAAGAAAAACAAGGCUGGAGAUUUUAUUGUCAACACAUUUGGGAAGUCCAAGGGGAAGAAACUGACUGCACAACUGAGUGAUUCAGACAUUGUUAUCACUGGGUAUCUCAACAUCUCCACUGCACUGUUAGGAGACACCAAGUGGACUCGACGCUGGUGCAUGAUCAAGAACCACUAUCUAGAGGUGCAUAAAAAUGCCAAGGACGACUAUGCUGAGUUGACGUUCCCCCUGAAAGGUUGCAGCUUGAAGCCUUACAUGGACGAGACAAAAAAGGGCAAGAAGGAUAUGGCUAUCCAGCUCAACAAACAUGAUGUGGAGAUCAUUUUAGAGGCGGAGAGUUCAGAAGACUUGGGGAUGUGGCUGAGACUGCUGGUAGAGGAGACCGGCUCGUCCAACCCUGAUGAGCUCAGCUCCCUCAGCUGUGUGUACGUGGACAUAGAACCUGACUCCAAACCUGACAGACCUCCCAUGAUCAAGAAGUUCUCUCAGGACAGCAUCACAAGUUCAGGAGAAGCAUACAUGGACUUGUCAUAUCCAGACUCUAACGAUCAACCUGCAAAAUUUGUCGACAAAUCUCCCAAACCAUCUCCCAAACCAUCGCCAAAGCAACCUAGGAAAAACGAGAAGGCUGCGACUCUUGAAAGAGAAAAAGCUGAAGAUGGGAAGAAAGGAGACACUCUAGAAUCCGAGGAUGGAAAGCCUAAGAAAGAAUGGAAACUCACUCUUGGCAAGCAAAAGAAGGAAAAAACUCCUGACAAAAAUGAGAAGGAGGAGAAAGAAAAGAAAGGUGGUUUCAUGGACAGGUUUAAAAGGAAGAAGAAUAAGUCGAGUGAAGAAAAAGUAGAAGACAAAACAGAGGGAAAAGAGAGUGCCAAAACGGAAAAGGAAAAUGUGGAGAAGAAGGAGGAAGUUAAGGCAACCGAAAAGGUUGCUGAGAAAAAGGUAUCGACCACAGGAAAGUCAGCAGCAGAAAAGGAAGUGGAGAAAAAGCCACCUGCAACAACAACAGCUGGUCCCAGGUACGGGAAGGAGAGAGCGCAGGCAGAAGUGACCAGACUGGAGAACAGGAAGGCAGAAAUACAGGAGGAAAAGGAGAAACUGAGGAACAAACGGGUCGAGCUUCGAGCCAAAAAACAGGCUCUCAAAGAAAAGUUUAUCACCGAUCAGAAACUUGAAGAAGAAAUCAAAGGAGUGAGCGAGACACUUGUGGACCUGGAGAAGGAGUUGAAGGAGACAGAAGCCAAGCUGAGUAAAGCUCUGAAGGACUCCAACCCUUCUCCUGUACUGGGGAGGAAGGAUUCUCUGAAGUUGGGGGGCAAAACUACCAGCAGCAGUCCAGCAACAACCUACAAGAGCUCAGCAGCAGUGUCUGUUGGCAAGACGGAUGCCAGAAAGAACACACCAUCCUCCAGCCCUGGUGUAGGGAAGAGAGUUAGUAAGGGGUCAGAGGAGCCGGUCAAUUCUGCUGCUAAAGCCAGCGGGCGGCCAUCGUCUCCUAAAACUGGCAAGAAGGCAGUGUUGGAAAGAGCUAAGCAAUGGGAGGCCAUGGGAGGAAAUUAGAAGUACAUCGAACCAUCCUUCCCACUUUUGCUGCAAAAUAGUAGUUCAAUCUACAUCUUGUCAACUGUAUAUUCAUGUACUAAAUCAACAAGUUGUGGAAAAAAUAAGUUUUAUUCAAGAAGUGCAACAGUUUUUUAAUGAUCUGAAUAGACAUAUUUUAAAUAAGUUUGUAUAUUUUUUACAAUGCUAUUGACAAUGAAUAAUCCAGAUGAUUUGUAUAUUAUUAUACCCAACUGGUAUAAAAAGUCCGACAUUCCAUGUGAAUACUAGUUUUCACCAGAAUAGUGAUGUAGGCAUAUAGAAUUAUUACUGAUGCAUAUUAAUGCAAGUGAGUGAUAAAAUGUUGACGUUUUAUUUCUAUAAAGAAUUUUUUUGUAUAAAUCACCUAAAAUGGACACCUUUAAAGAUUUUGUACCAAUGACUGUUUUUUAUAAGAUUGACUCCUUUGAAUCGAAGGAAGGAGAAUGAAUUUUUUUUUCAAUUCAAAUGUUAGACUCAUGCAAGAUAAGUGAUUCAUAUGUGAUUUCAAAUCAAGCUAUUUUGUAGUUCUUUAUUUUUCAUAAUUACCACUUUCUUAGUCAGUUUCAUUAAGCUUGUUAUGUCCACCAAAGGAAAAUAUAUUGUUUUUGCUAAGUUUCCUCUUCUCCAAAACACUAACCUCUGAUCUGGCCAAUGACC